AUGGCCUUCCUGGACGACCUACCGGGCCCGCUUGCAUUCCCACUAGUACGCUCCCCCUCGUCCGUGCAACUCUUCCCCAGCCCCCCCUCCCCGGCUGUGAGGGUAGAGGAAUCAGCUCCUCGAGCUCACAGCCCUUUGUACCUCCGUUCCCUGCGAGCCUUUCCCCUCCCCACUCGCAUCGCUCGUCCACGUUUGGGCGGUAUCGACUUGUCCGCUACACUUCACACGCACAGCGACACGGGAACAUCACACGAAGGGGAAGAACCCUCACCGGUGACUGCGUCGCUGAAGAGAGCUCUUUCUCUUCUCGCAGCUGAUGCGACCUCUCUCAACGUCCGGAGAACGAUUGAGGACACAGUCGCGGUGUACCGUCAAUACGUCAUAGCGCAGGAGAAGCCAUCGAAAAGGUUGAGCUACACUCAGCCCAAAUGGGAGAAGGGAUGGAGGGGGAUCCUUCAGCAGGGGACCGGUGGGGUGUCUAAAACCCUCCUUGAUCAACACGAGGAUCUCCUACGGGAGAUGUUGAUCGAGGCUGGGACGACCGAGGAGAAGGAGAUUGGGUAG